AUGACUCCCGCACCUCCUGCUUAUACUGCCGGGGCCUCUCCCCCCUCAUAUGAUGAAGUGGUCAAGAAGCUUGAGACUCUCGUCGGAGAUGAUGUCACUCCGGACUCAGUUCUGAAUGCUGCGGCGCAGCUAUCAGACGAAGAAACCAAUAUCCUCAUUGAUGGCGCCGAUGAUCACUGGCCGCUGGAGACAGACAAGCAGAAGGAAGAUUUUGCCAUAGGAUCUGGCCAAACCUUAUCGUCGCCUGAGGGUAAAGCUCAACUGGAGAGUGCGGGCAAUGAAACAACACAGGCGACUGUGGAAAUUGAGAAUAUAUUUGCCCAGUUACAUCUCAAGAUUGCCCAAAUUGACCGCAUUCAUCAUUCAGAGUUUGAGCCAGGGAUUAUUAGGCUAUUGCUUUCGUACCGGGGAAUUUUGACAGAAAGUCGAGAUCUUGCUGCCAAAAUCAGCGUUCAAGCGACGAAUUUUGAUGGAUUGAUUGUCAAGUUCUGUGCAGAUGACACCAUCCCUGUCGAAAGUCGCCGAGGCCUCAUCGAGUCAUACAUAGCGACUAAUUCUUCUUUCGAAAGCAAUGCUCACGGAAUCAUCAAUAGAUUUCACGGCCUGACAAAUGAUUUUGGCUCCUUCGUCGCAGAAUUCUCGAAUUGGGCCAAGGACCGAGAAGGAGAGAUCACCGAGCAGAUUAAAACUAUAGAGCAGGAGUUACAGGAUCUCCACAAGAAGCUUUAUCGCUUGGAAUCCGCCCUCCUUGCCUUUGAAAUCCUUUUUAAGGCUUCCAUCCCCAUCGCAGGGUCACUUGCAAAAUUGUUACCAAAGUUCGCGCCUUUUAUAAUCCUGGGUGGCGUAAUCACGGCUGUAGCUUCUUAUGCCACCAUUGCUGGACUUGCAGCUGGUAUAUCCAGAACCAACUUCAGAAUUCACACCAAGACCAGAGAAAAAGAAGAGUUGCAAGCCGAACUGGAAAAUAUCCGGCAAACACGUGCAGAGCUUGAAGACUUCGGAAGCAACUCGUUGACUCAGUUCCAGACGGCCAUCAGUAUACUGACUGGGACUUGGGAGCAGAUAAUCGAAGAUGCAAAGGUUAUCCAAAGUUGGAUUGCCCGAGGUGCGGAUUCAAAGCAUCGACCAGAGUAUAUGGAUUUGAAUCUAAGACACGCAGUUCAUAAAUUAAUGAAUUUAGAUGAUGCUAUAUCGGGGUAUUUGGAGAGCUAUGCUAAGGGGACUAAUACAUAA